CUCUGAACGUGAUUGUUUUGAUUGCGUUCGUGCUGCUUCAACAGCACAAAAAAUUUCGUUGAUUCCGUGUAAAAGCAUCAAAACAAUAUGCCAAAGGUCCGCAGUACUUCGGGCAAGCCCCGUACCCAGGGCUUCAAUCACUCCAACCACUCUAUGAACCCAGAAAGGCCAAAGGAAGGCCUAAAAGGUGUAGCCCACCCACGUACCAAGGGAACCAUAAAGCGGCUACAGAUGUAUAGAAACUUCAAGGCCAAACGCGAUCGCACAGGCAAAAUUCUAACCCCUGCUCCAUUUCAGGGUCGCCUUGCAUCCGGUACCAUGGCACGAGUAGAACCUACACCAAAGUGGUUUAGUAAUUCACGUGUUAUAUCUCAAAACGCAUUGCAAAAGUUUCAAGAUGAGAUUGGCAAAGCUUUUAAAGAUCCUUAUCAGGUCAUAAUGAAGCCCUCGCAGUUGCCGGUAACAUUGUUAAACGAAGCUUCAAAGUACCAACGGGUACAUCUACUCGACACUGAGAGCUUCGAUAGUGUAUUUGGUCCGAAAAAACAACGUAAGCGUGUUAGCUUGAAGGUUCGCGACUUAGAGGACUUAAGCCGCACAGCAGAUGAACAGGCCGCGAAUUAUGAUUCCAAUAAAGAUAUUGAUUUGAUUCGCGAAGAAACAGGUGAAAAAAAAACUGUGCGAGAUUGGGUAUUUGCCGCUGGUCAAAGCAAACGCAUUUGGAACGAGCUUCAUAAAGUUGUUGAUGCCUCAGAUGUGCUGCUGCAAGUACUUGAUGCGCGUGAUCCAAUGGGUACGCGCUCCAAGUAUAUUGAAGAGUUUCUUCGUAAGGAGAAGCCGCACAAGCAUUUGUUUUUUAUUCUUAAUAAGGUGGAUUUGGUGCCCGUUUGGGUAACGCAACGUUGGGUUGCCAUACUAAGUAAGGAGUACCCAACAAUUGCAUUUCACGCUUCGCUGCAGCAUCCCUUUGGCAAGGGCGCGCUUAUCAAUUUAUUCCGGCAACUGGGAAAACUACACAUAGACAAAAAGCAAAUCAGUGUUGGCUUCAUCGGCUAUCCCAAUGUAGGCAAAUCUUCGGUCAUCAAUGCUCUGCGUUCCAAGAAGGUUUGUAAUGUGGCACCUAUUGCCGGGGAGACUAAAGUCUGGCAAUACAUCACGCUGAUGAAGCGUAUUUUCCUAAUUGAUUGUCCUGGUGUUGUUUAUCCUUCGGCUGAGACAGAUACCGAGAAGGUGCUAAAAGGCGUUGUACGCGUAGAGCUAGUUACAAAUCCUGAAGACUAUGUAGAAACUGUGUUGCAGCGCGUGCGCAAAGAGUACAUAGCGAAGAACUAUAAAGUUGAGAAUUGGACCUCAUCAAUGCAUUUCCUGGAGCAAUUAGCUAAGAAGACGGGAAAAUUGUUGAAAGGUGGUGAACCAGAUAUAACAGUGACGGCAUGCAUGGUGCUUAAUGACUGGCAGCGCGGCAAGCUACCAUUUUAUGUGCCGCCCGAAGGCUUUGAAACGCCCAAGUCUCAGCAGAAUAAAGAGAAAGCGGUUGAAAACAAUAGCAGUACUACUACCGCCCCAGAUGGUGAUGCCACAUCGGAGGCGCCUACAUUUGUGAGUGAGUCCGUGAAAAAGGCCCGUGAGUUCAAGCAAAUACAGGACUUUCGCAAAAUUCGCGUUGGUUUGGAGUACGAGCAACAGGAUGUACGAGAACUGGACCACAUUGAUUUGGAGCUCUUGGAGCAGCAGAAAGCAGAACGGGCUGCGCGUAAAAAGGACCGGCUUGUCAAUGCUGAUGACGAAGAAUCCAGCGAUGGCGCUAGUGAUUUUUACUCCGAGGACGAGUACAAUGAGGAUCUGGAGCGGGUGGUGCAUAAGAAAGCGAAGACAAAAAAACCACAGCAACUUGCUAUUACAUCGUCAGGUAAAUUUCGCGUUGCUAAAGUGCGCCCAGGGGACUCUGAUGAAGAGGUUGACAGCGAUGACGAAGGGGCAGGGCCAAGCAGUGCCAAGGCGGCGCGGUUAACGGCAAAACAAAAACGUGCGCUCGAGCGUAGCCAGAAACGAAAGAAAAUUGGCAGCAACUUCUAUGAGAUGACCAAUGUAAAGAAUCGCAAUCGCAAAAAUAAGGACGCGUAGUCGAUAAUUUUUAAGCUUUAAUUCAAUACAUAUGUGAAAAUCCAAUACACUGUUUUUUAUAAACUAA